CAAGAGAAAGAGCGUCCGUCCAAGCCCACAAGAGGAAGAGGAGCGAGGUGACAGGGGAGCCGCCGAGGAGGGAGAGGAGAGGAGGAGUGAGAAGAGGAGAGGAGCGAGCGAAGGAGAGCAGACAGAGAGAAGGUGACCAUGGGUCUUUGUGCUGUGAUACUCAUCUGUCUUUCCCAGGCUGAGCUGGCCAGGGUGUGGACUCAGGAACUAUCAGGGCGACCGGUGCAGGCGGAUGGAGAUCCCUCAGACAUGCAGAGAGCCAGGAGAGAUCAGCAGGAGUCGAGCACCAGACGCGCACAGAUCAGGGCGGCGCAGGAGACCCUGAACGGCCUCGCCAUCGACACACUGCCUGACAACAUGACGAAAGUGGAGGACUCUAAGAGGUACUAUUCAUGGCAGUACUAUGGACCAAGUGACAGACAGACUCAGGAGCUCUGGGUGGACCUGCAUUCGAUGCAGCAGGGUCCAGUCAAAGUACAUGGAAUCCUGUCUAACGCACACCGACAGGCAGCACGGGUGGUUCUCCCCUUUGACUUCCCUUUCUACGGACACCAAGUGAGGCAGAUCACCAUAGCAACCGGAGGCUUCAUUUUCACUGGUGAGAUUACGCAUCGCAUGUUGACCGCCACUCAAUACAUCGCUCCACUGAUGGCCAACUUUGACCCCAGCUUCUCCAAAAAUUCCACUGUGUGUUACCUGGACAUCGGAGAGGUGUUCGUGGUGCAGUGGGAUAAAGUGCGGCUGCAGGGCAGAGAGACAGAGGGAGCUUUCACUUUCCAGGCCGCUCUUCAUCGAGACGGCACCAUCGUCUUUGGCUACAGAGACGUGCCUUUACCGGUGGAGAAGAUCAACUCAACGGAGCACCCAGUGAAGGUGGGGCUGUCCGACGCCUUCAUGGCCCUACUCUCUUCUCCACAGGCUCCAGCAGAUACCAAGAAGAGGACAAUCUACGAAUACCAUCGGGUGGAAAUCGACACCACCAAGAUAAUGAGCCAUUCGGCAUUCAAGUUCAGCCCAUUACCCACCUGCCUCCAGCACAACACCUGUGACCGGUGCCUCCGCUCCAACCUCACGUCCGGCUGCGGUUGGUGCAAUGUCCUCCAAAGGUGCUCAGAUGGAAUAGACAGACAUAGACAGGAAUGGCUUGACUACAGCUGUUCAGAGGAGGCAAAGGAGGGCACGUGUGAAGACUACGCUCAUGAAGGUGCCGAAAGCUCCAUCAGCCCAUACAGUUCCCCCGCCCCUGAGGCCACGCCCUCCCCUGCGGCCAGGCCGGGUGGCCCUGUCACCGAGGAUGACAACAAACUCCUCUUUCACCAUUAUGGCAAUGGUCCACCUGGCGAGGAGGAAGCUCCAGAGCACACAGCGAUUAUCGCGGGCGUGGUUGCAGCCCUGGUCCUGCUUGUGUUCCUCACGCUGCUGGCUGUAUAUUACAUAAACACCCACCCAACUGUUGCCCCCCCGUUCUACCUCAUGCAGCGCCGCACCAAUAACUACUGGCCCUCCAUGAAAUUCCGGAACCAGGGAUGCCAUUCCAGCUACGCAGAGGUCGAACUUGGGCUUCACGAAAAGGAGGGCUUCAUCGAGGCUGAGCAGUGCUGAGGAGGCAGGACUUCCUGCACGAAGGGGCCAUGAUGAACGUUUCAUCCGUCUGUCUAUCGGGGGAAGACUUGAAAGAGCAAAGGGAUAAUGAGGGGCUGUGAAACGCCGCUGCUGAGACAUCAGAGCCUGCGAUAGUUAUUACGCAAGCUUCUUCCGCUUCCCAACAUGUGACAGUUCAUACUGCAACACCUCUCAUGUUACUCGUUUAGGACAAAGAAGGUUCCUUUUAUUAAGGAAUGGGAACAUUUAUUGGCAAAUUUGCUAACUAUGCUCAUUGCAAGGAUGGUGAGAGCAAGACACACGUGAGCCUUGAUAGGUCCUGCAGUUAAUGUACAGUACAACAUCAUUUUCAAACUUUUCAUUUUGAAAAAGAUAUUUUGUGUUUUAUAAUGUGCUGUGUUCAAUGAAAAAAAAAAUUCUCUGAUGAAUACUACUCAGUUAGACACAUGGACUGAACUGCACUUUAACUGAAUUAUCUCAUUAGUAAUAGUGACAUCAUGUGAUCUGAUCUCAUACCUUUUUUUUUUAGUAUUUUGCCCCUUAGAAUUGAGUAUCUACUGGAGUUGUUGAGACAAGGAAUCUGACUUAAAGAAUAUCUCCCAUAUAGACAGACAAAUCAAUAAAAUCUGUAUUGUGAACAAA